UUGAAUAGGAAUUAUCCGUGAGUCACGGUCAGUUUCACUUUUAAAUUAAAGAGAUUUUAGAUUUUGCCGACUUUAAAUUUCCUUCAUAGUACAAUCAAAAGAGUCUCUAUGGUACCUUUAUGCUUAUUCGAUAGUCCAAAAGGGCCAGUUAGUAUUGUGGAGUCCUUCUUCUAAAGCUAAGAUCAUGAUAUAUUUCUUGCUGAGCAUGAAGGAGCCAGACAUGUUAUGAGGUGAGAAUAACAGCAAUGAAGAAUUUAUCAGCUUGCAGUCAGUGAACCUUCUUAACCUAACAAGAGUUUACCAGAGAAUAUCAGAGCAAGAGAUAAUUUCCAAAAAGGUUAUAGGUUAAACUUGAUGAAUAAUAAAGUUAGCGGUGAAUUAUGAAUAUUAAUGGUCGUAUUCUGGUCUAAAAUUCCUGGAAAAUUGAGUGUUUUUUCUAUUAUAUUUUAGACUUUUCAAGACUAAGAAUCUUGAUAAUGGGCAAAAUUGUAUAAAAAUGUAGUAAAACAUCUAUAAGCUUAAGGUUAGAAGCAAGAUAUAUCGUUUUAUAAGGCAAAGCUAAAGUGACGAUAAAAAAUAAAAAAAUUUAAUCUCGAAUAUCCAAAAAUCCUAUUUUGACCAAAUGUGUCACACGUUUUCCUUUUUACAAAGAGUCGAAAAAUAUCCAAAAUUUGAAACUCUUCAGUCAAACUUUAUAGGCGAGCUUUAGAAUCUAGACUAGUGAGGAUGAGAGCUAGCACUGUUUUUCUUCAUUAUUUACAAAAGAAAAGGCUAGCCGAAAGUCUUUAUUUUAAAUUUUGACUCCAAAAUAUUCUGGAAAAAUCACAUAAAAUUCAAUUAGAUAAAGGCUCUGAUUUCUAAUGGAAGUUCCAAGACUUUUCUUCCUAUUGUUCACCAUUGAGAGCUUUUAAAGGAAGAAAGACUUACAUAAAAUAAUUUAUCCCAAAAAACCUUAAUUUCUGAUACAAAAGAAGGUUUCAAAACCAUGGAGAUGAAAGUCUAAUAAGAUUU